GAAAUUGCUUUAAAUAUGAAAAACAAGAAUGUUUUGCCAGAAAUUGCUACUCAAAUACUAAAAAAGACUGCUUUAACAAUGUCAAUAAUUGAAAACUCAAAAAGAAAAGAUUUUGCUCACAAUAUAGAAAACUAUACCCAAGACAUUACCCAGGAUAAAGGAAACUCUUCAAAGAAACUCUAUAACAAAGGAAAAGGAAAACCAUAUAGAGAGAAAUUUGCUAAAAAGAAAUUUCAACAUUACAAGGGAAAUAAGAAAGAAAGCGAAGACAAAUACUAUUCAGAAUUUGAAGAAAAACUGAAGAAGAAUCUGAUAAUGAAGAAAUUAUAA